AAUAUAAACAUCAACAAGAAGUUGUUCAAACAAUUCUUGAUAAAAUGCCUUAUCAUUGUUUAUCAGUUUGUACUAAAAAUAAACACCAUACUGCAGAAAAUAUUGCUAGAGGAAUUGAUAACAUAAUGCAUGAAGUUGGAAUAGAUAAAUUU